AUGGCCACAACUACUCCCGUUAACGAAAACACCGACCGGACUAUUCAAGAGGUCAUACAUUCCCUGAUCAUCUCGAAGAAAAAAACACGCACCUAUUCAUCUUCCACUCCCCGACUACCCCCAAGGCUCAGACUACCCCUCCUCAAUCUCCAGUCACCCGAGAAUGAUACCAUGAUCUAUGUGCAAUCAAACUCGCACUCUCAACCACUUCGAUGUAGUUCCCAAAAGCUUCUUGCGACCGGUUCAUCGGUAUUUGAAAGGCUCCUCGGUCCAACCUACCAGUUUCGAAUUCUGCGUCGGAAAAACCUACUCAAGCUUGGCCUACCCUUAGGAAUUAAAUUUGUUGUGGACCUAUCCCCGCCUAUUGAGGGCGAAGAAGCAGUGGAUGCGGUGGAGCGCUUUUGGUGCCCGGAUGAAAUCCUGGAGUGGAAUAGCAAUCUCGACGGCAAUUUCAUCGAGGAUGACCAGUCCCCGCCGGAUUCACCACUGUUCGACGUCAACUUACCACUUUCUCUCACAGUAAAGAUGGAGAGUGAUCUUGAGGCGUUUCGUGAAGACCUCCUCAAGAAAACCAAGGGGGAAACAGCUCAGCCUGAAGAAAAUUUAAAGGUUGUAACGCAGGUGGAGAAGGAAGAGACGAAGAAGCCAGCAUAUUCGUUAUUGAGGCACACGGGCGCCAUUGAGAGGGUGCUGUAUAUCCUCCAUGGCCUCGAUCCACAGAUUUCCACCACGCCCAUGUGGUACACAGUUCACAAAGUUGCUUUGCAGAUGGAAUGUACAGCAGCAGUACAGGAUCAUAUCCUGUCGUGGCUUUACCAGAAUCAAAAUUUCAUGGAACAACACCCAGGAUACGUACUGCAGACUGCUGCAGAGAUGAAGAACGCCGGUCUAUAUCGUGAUGCAUUUGCAAUACUGGUGGGGAAGCAGUUGCAGGGUGGCAAGGUGGAGAAGGCGGGAGUGUUCAAUUUUGACGAGAGUAUACCCCCCGGAGCGGAACCGUGGGGCGAGAGUAUCAUUGCGGCGAAAAGGUCCCUACAGGGGAGGCUAGAGAGGUUGUAUAAUUAUAUCAAUAGCACGGCGUGGUUAGAUAACGCUAAGGUUAUUCCAGAGUACAACAAGAUUACCGUUAAUCUUAAAGCGAAGGGCCCAAUGCUUCGCAGAGCCACAUCGGAGUUAGAUGAAGCUAUCAGAGCCGUGAUUAAAGCACAGCUCGCAACUCUAUUCGCAUUUUCGGAAGAUCCUGGGGACCCAAAUUGGAUGAAUCCAUGGGAAAAGGCGAUGUUUGAUAUGAUGCCAGGGCCCAAGCAAAUCUUCAGCAGAAUGUAUUGGAAGCAACUAUUCAAUUUUCCAACAGAUAGGAUAGGAACUCUCCAGGUGUCAAGAGCUCUAGCUCACUGGAAUAUUACAUUACAUACGGUAGAGACAGAUUUGUUGAUUGAUGAGGACACGCAGGGGACGAACUUCGGGGCCACGAACUCUGAGGUGGAGACAGCAAUCUGCUUGCUAUCUUUGGGCCGAGAAGCGGAGGAGUCCGUAGAAGCUGAUCCUGAACGUGCAGAAACCAGAGUAAUGAGUUCAAUGCCGAACAAUCCGACAAGAACCCGGUGGCAGAAUUUCAAGAGGCGGAGCACACAAAAUACCGUCUCGUCUUCUUCUCGAACCCCGAUUUCUGGUCCCACGGAAGGCAAUGGCACAACCACGGGGUUUUCAUAUCCUUCUGCCUCGAAUAGCGUACCACCGGGACAAAACUAUCCGCAUGAGCUUUCAACCAUCGAUCUUCUCGACGGGCCACCGCCGUACACACUCCACGCCAUAGAUACGGAUAAGGUCGGCGAGAAGCGCAAAAUGAGACUAUCCGACUUGGAUGGGUCAUGUACAGAUAUGAAGGAGAUUGAGUCACACCGUAAAGAAACAGAAUUCAUUGACUCCUCCACUAUCUUCCCUGAUAUCAGGCCAGGGCGAGUUGAAGUUGAGAAUCCAAUGAGAAAGCGCCGUUGCUCUGUUGAAAGAGAUCCUGGCGAAGACGAAGACGAAAACAUCACCGAAGCCAGUUUCUUUAGGCAGGGUGAUACUGAAGCCGGUGAACCAGAAAUGUUCAACAUCUCUGGUGUCUAUUCCGAUCCCCGACUUUCCUCUUCCCCACUCCCAACACCUCUCGGCAAAGGCAAGGAAAAAGCGAUUGAGGAUGAACCAGAAAACCCUCCAUCCGAAGAGUAUGAUUUAGGGGACCAUGAGACCUUGAAUGCUGCCGACGACGAAUACCAGUUACACUAUUUUAGGGCUGCUCGCUCUGCUCCUCCCCUUUUUGACGAGCCAAUGACCCUCGACCCCACCUCCGACUCAAGUCUUGGCCAGUUUACUUCCCUAGAAUUCUCCCAUUGGCUCCCCCCAUCUCACGAAAACCUACCUUCCGAUGCUUUAACCACAAAUUGGGUUGAUCCUACACGCUCGAUAAUUGCCCGCGUUGUUAAUGAUCAUAAUUUUCAAAGAUCAUCCCAUACGACCCAUACAACGGGGGUAACUGAGACAGCUGAAGAGGGGCGGGCGCCCAGUUAUUGGAGAAUCCCAGUUUCAGCUUUAACGGUUCCUAACACGAGGCAUCAUUUACCCGACACCUGUCUUUUAUUCAGCAUAGAACAGCUGAAAAAGGAGAUUAAAGCUUAUCUAACGAAAGUGAGUUCGACGCAGCUGAAGAUCCCUAUCAGCUUUGAACCGUUCUGGGCCGGUGAUGGAUUGAUCGUGAGCCUGAGAGAAGAAGAGUGGGCUUUUUGUCCAGCCUGGGCGGGGGGGUUGGAUAUCUCUGGAGCUCCUGCGGACACAGUCGAUAAUAAUAACAUUAGAACUGAGGGCAGAAUGGUGGAACUUGAAAUCAGGGGGGGGUUGUCCUCAGGUUUACCUAAAAGGGACCAGAGCGAAGGGGAUGAGAAGGAAGAGGAAUAUGACGACUGUGCGACCGAAACUGGAAGCAUAGGAUCAUUCAGCACGUCUGGAUUCUCGAGCUUUGGUGUAAUCUCCGAGGGAGAUGGAGAGAGCGAUAAUGGAACGGUGGCUGGAGACGAUGUCCAGUUUGACGUGGAGACGGAGAGCUUAUUGGGUAGCGAUGCAGAAGUAGGAGACCAAAGUGCAACAGAGGCAGGUGAUAGUAGUGAUAGUGAUGAUGGAUUUGAGGAAGUGGUUUGGGAUGAGGGAUUUUGA